UCCAUUUUUUUCUUGUAUUUUCACUUUUUUUGUUGUCCCUUCUUUCCUUUCUCCCUCUCUCUUCCCACGUUCCUUUCCCCAUUUGAACAUUUUCUUCCCAUUUCCCAAUUAUCUGCUAUACAUUUUUUUCUUAUUUCCCCUUUCCCACACCAGAGAAACACUGCAGUCUUGAAACAUGUGUGGCCAAUUUAUUUCACUUAGGAGAAUGGUCUCAAGGUCCAUUCACUUAACUGUCAAUGUCUCAAGCUCAUCCUUCUUUAUGUCAGGGUAAUACUUCCUUGUAUCAAAAACCACAUUUUCUUUUUCCACUCGUGAGUUGAUGGGCAUUUGGGCUGUUUCCAAGAUUUAGCUGUUAUACACUGUACUGCUAUAUACAUCAGUGUACACAUGGUAUGAUGCUUCUCAUUCUUUUGGGAAGCAUAGCUGGGUCAAAUGGAACCUCUAGUUUUAGAUUUUUGAGAAAUCUCCACACUGAUUUCUACAGUGGUUGCACCAGUCUACACACCCACCAACGGUGGAGAAAGGUUCCUUUUUCCCCAGAUCCACUCCAGCAUUUGUUAUUCAUUGAUAUUUUUUUCUUUCUUUUCCUUUUUUUUGUUUUGUACCAGGGAUCUAACUUGGGUCCUUGCACUUGCAUGGCAGGUGGUGAAACCACUGAGCUAAAUCCCCAGCCCCACUAUUGAUUUUUGAGUGUUGGCUUUAUAUCAAGCUACAAGUUUAUUGGGGGAGUUUUAGUGGUCUUCUAUGUAGAGUAUCAUGUCAUGUACAAAUAAUGAUACUUUAACUUCUUCCUUUCCUCCCAAAGGCUCAUGCAGUCAUAGUGGGCUUUUCAGAGGCAACUGGAUCUAGAGUGUGUGAUACUAGGAUUGAUUCAUGGUGUGAAGCUAGAAGUAAGGGUGUGUGUGAGUGCUACCCCGGUAGACUGGAUAAAAUACAAGGUGCACAGAGAGUUGCUGUUCUCACUUGCUGCUUUAUUCUUGCUGCUUUUGCUGCCUUCUGCCUGCCAUGGACUGUUUCUCCUCUGCAAUGUCCCUCUGCCAUGUCUCACUGGCAUGGAACCAGCCCAUUAUGCACUGAAACCUCUUGAAACUGAGUGAAAGUAAACCUUCCCUCCUUUAGGUGUUUGGUAUUUUUGUCCCAGCACUGAGAAGAACCUAUGUAGUACCUAUGACCUAUUUUAGUCACAUGUGAGCCCAUUGAACAUUCUCUUCCUUUUCUGUAGUCUAUUUGUCAUUAUCUCUACUAAUGAAAUAGUGCCCUAAAUAGUGGAUUUUGAAACUCUCUAUACCUUAAAGAAGCUGUCUCAUUGAAGGUGGAUUUGGAAGUGAACAAAUUUUAUCUUCAGUUUUUCCCUUCAUGAUUAGUCCCUUUUAAGUUUGAAAAACAUUGAUGAUCAGUACAUUUAAUAUGUAUUUUCAUGAAAUCUGUCCCCUGAUUUCUUUCUCUUCUGCUACCUUUCAGGUCAUAGACCAUAGGAUACUAUGGCUUCCUUAAUCUAAUUUCUCUGUUCUUAGAUAUUCUGCAAUAAAAAUUUUAAUUAUCAUUAGCAUUCCAAAUUAUUAUUCAUAAAUUUUGCUUAGUGUUCAAUUAAAGGUUUGUCCAUAAGACCAGGUUGAAGUUUCAGAAUGCUAUCUGAAUAGAGAAAGAGAAGCAAGGGAAAACUUCCCUAGAUAAGUUGAGGGGAAAAAAGAUAUUUUCUAUAAUCUUGCAGAAUAAUUCUUCAGACAUUUAUCUAUCUUACUUUCUUCACUUGGAUUCUGACUUGGUGGGCUCCUUCUGUGAACCAUGCUUUAGUGGCAGUGUACAAGCAAACCCGGGUGUAACCAGCAGGAGAAGCAAUGUUCCCAUUGCACUGUUGCUUUAGCAGUGAAUUCCAGUGUAACAGCAAAAUUCCUGUGUGAGGCAUGCAUGUGGAUGGAGGAUAAGUGUUUGAUGACUGAGACAUGAAGUAAAUGUGGGGAAAACUCAGCCUCAUAUCAGCUUUGUAUGAGAUGAGAUGGUUCAUGUUGUGAAUCUCACGCUUCUUCCUGGAAACACGUCUGAUGCUUUAGGAGGCAGUGACCUUCGAGGAUGUGGCUGUGAACUUCACCAAGAAGGAGUGGGCUUUGCUGGAUCCAUCCCAAAAGAAGCUCUACAGAGAUGUGAUGUGGGAAACCCUUAGGAACCUGGCUGCCAUCGGAAGAAGCUCAGGUGACCAGCAAAUUGAAGAUGAGUACAAAACUUGCAGAAAAAGUCUAAGAAGUGAAGAGGGAGAGAAAUCCUGUCCGUAUAAAUUAUGGUACCAAGAUGGAGAAAUGGUUGUUCAGACUCCAGAUAUUGUUCCAAUUUUAGCAUAUGUGCUGCCGAAGCGAGCACGUCAGACUCCAGAUACUAAUGUGCACAUGAAACUUGUUCAUAUAAAUCCAGGUGAAAGGCUUUCCUCUAGAAGGCCCCUGAUUGGUCAUUCAUCAGCAAAUGGGCCCAUCACAGCUAACGCUGGACUCAAAUCACAUGAGCAGCAGGGAUUGGAAGAGACGUUGUCUAACUGUAACACACGUGGGAAAACCUGUGCUAAGCUCCAGUCCUCUCAGAAACUUGCAAAGACAAGUCCUGGGGAGAAACCCCAUGAACAUAGGCCAUGUGGAAAGUCCUACUCUGAUUGCACUGAAGAAAGUACCAUUGAAGAGAAGCCAUUUGUUUAUAAGCAAGAUGUGAAAUCAUUCAUUACAGCCAGUGAUGGUCAGAUCGGGAAAGGAUCUGAUGCAGUGAAUACAUACACAUGUAUAUUGUGUGGACUGGGCUUUAAUUCUCACCAUAAUAUUCAGACACAGGAAAAAGCUCUUAUUGGAGGAAAAGUCUAUGCAAGAAAACACUGUGGAAAAUCCUUCACUAACAACAAUUCAUUUGGUAAUCAUGAAAGAACUCAUAUUGAGGAGAAACCCUAUGUAUGUAAGCAAUGUGGCAAAGCUUUCCACACACACACUCAUUGUCAAAGACAUGAACGGAUUCACACUGGGGAGAAACCCUAUGUAUGUAAGCAGUGUGCGAAAGCUUUCAGCAGACAAGACAGUUGGAGAAUACAUGAAAGAACUCACACUGGGCAGAAACCCUAUGUGUGUAAGCAAUGUGGGAAAGCUUUUCACACACACAGUCAUUGUCAAACACAUGAACGGACUCACACUGGGGAGAAACCUUAUGUAUGUAGGCAGUGUGGGAAAGCUUUCAGCAGACUCAGUAAUUGUCAAAGACAUGAACAGACCCACACUGGGGAGAAACCCUAUGUAUGUAAGCAAUGUGGGAAAGCUUUUCUCACACACAGUCGUUGUCAAACACAUGAGCAGAUUCACACUGGGGAGAAACCAUAUGUAUGUAAACAGUGUGGGAAAGCUUUCAGUACUCAUGCUGUUUGUAAAACACAUGAACAGACUCACACUGGGGAGAAACCUUAUGCAUGUAGGCAGUGUGGGAAAGCUUUCAGCAGACCCAGUAAUUGUCAAAGACAUGAACGGACUCACACUGGGGAGAAACCCUAUGUAUGUAAACAGUGUGGGAAAGCUUUCAGCACUCAUGCUGUUUGUAAAACACAUGAACAGACUCACACUGAGGAGAAACCUUAUGUAUGUAGGCAGUGUGGGAAAGUUUUCAGUACACACAGUUAUUUUCAAAUACAUAAAAGGACUCAGUGUAGGGAGAAACCCUAUGUAUGUAAGCAAUGUGGGAAAGCUUUCAGAACACAUGCUGUUUGUCAAACACAUGAACGCACUCACACUGGGGAGAAACCCUAUGUAUGUAAGCAGUGUGGGAAAGCUUUCAGCAGACCCAGUAAUUGUCAAACACAUGAAAGGAUUCACAGUAGUGAGAAACCCUAUGUGUGUAAGCAAUGUGGUAAAACUUUUAGCACACAUGCUGUUUGUCAAAGACAUGAACGGACUCACACUGGGGAGAAGCCCUAUGUAUGUAAGCAAUGUGGGAAAGCUUUCCACACACACAGUAAUUGUCAAACACAUGAACGGAAUCACACUGGGGAGAAACCUUAUGUGUGUAAGCAGUGUGGGAAAGCUUUCAGCACACAGGCUAAUUGUCAAAGACAUGAAAGGACUCACAGUGGGGAGAAACCCUAUGUAUGUAAGCAUUGUGAGAAAGCUUUUAGUAGCAAAGGUACUUGUCAAGUACAUGAAAGAAGUCACACUGGGGAGAAACCUUAUAUAUGUAAAGAAUGUGGGAAAGCUUUCAGCACAUAUGGUACUUGUCAAAUACAUGAACGGUCCCACACUGGGGAGAAGCCCUACAUAUGUAAGCAAUGUGGG